CACAAACAACAAUAACUUUCUCUUGACGUCUAUCUCUUUCUCACCAUCACCAUUACCUUCUUAAUUCUCCUCUCUUCCAGGAAAUUUUAAACCUUGAUAUACCAAACAAAAAGAAAACUAAUCCAGAUAUGCAAAUGAUAAGAACCCUAAGCACAAGGACAAGAAGUCGUCGCAGCGGAUACGAGCGUGUAAGCGAUGAUUCCACCUUUAGCUUACUCGGAGCAAAGCUGAGGAGGUCAACUAGCGUUCCGUACUAUGCUCCAUCGAUAAGGCUUGGUGGAGACUUUCCUGUGAUUUUGGAAAAGCUUCCAAGCCAAAAGCCAAAUAAAACAGUGGUGACAAGCAAGUUGAGCCAUCCGAUCUUUAGUUUAUUUGAUGGUUAUCGCCGCCGUAGCAAGAAGAAAGCAACGGCUAAGCCGGAGUUCUCUAGAUACCAUGAAUACCUUAAGGAAAGUGGAAUGUGGGAUUCGAGAUCUAAUACUCCUGUUAUCUACUUCAAGUAGAUGUAUAUAUAAAUUAUGUUAUGAUUUGUGUUCAUUUUAUUAUAUUAUUUGUGACAAAUCUAAGUGAUACGAAUAUUGAUUAUCUCUAA